GGCGCGGCCCGGCCCGGCCCCCGCGGCCCCGGGCGCGGCCCCCGGCGGCCGCUCCGCCCGCGCCCCGGGGGGACCGGACGCCUCAGCGGGAGCGCCCAGCUGAGUCUAGUGUGGUUCCCACCCCGAAGAAAACCCAUCAGAGGUGAUGCUGCAGGAGAGGUCUCACGUUGGGGCCCUGCAUUGGAAGGGCAGCUCUGCACUUCUGUAGCUGAUGGGAGAGGACAACAGCUUGGUAACAGGAGCUACCAAGAGCUGGCAGGAUGAGUUACAGCUCACCCUCUGUGCAUGACUUGCAUCGCAGCACCCCCAGCACGGCCAAGCCAGACCUAGGGACAGCUCUGGAUGUGACUGUGCCACAAACACCCACCGUAAGCCCUGAGACUACCAGUUUCAACAGCACCAAAAUCCCAGAUGUGGCCAGCACUGGACCUGGCAUGAGCACCAUGCUGCUUUCCUUUGGGAUCAUUACUGUGAUUGGGCUGGCUGUAGCAAUGAGAACAGAAGGUAGCAGCAAGCUCCCAUUCCUUGUACAAGGAAGGGCUUCACUAAUGCAGCCAUCAGAGGAGCCUACUGCAAAAUUUCAUUGCAGGCCCCAGGAGGAGUUUUUCCAAAAGCCCCUAAGAAAACCUGGAAACGGUCAAAAGUUCCCAAGAGCAGCAUCCAGCGUUCGUAGUUCUCAGAACAAGGCUGUGGAGGCCCAAAGCCUCCCUUUCUUCCCAGCAGAGGUUCUGUAUAUCAGGAAGAGGAAGAGGUUGGAGAAGUUACGGCACCAGCUCAUGCCCAUGUACAACUUUGAUCCCACCGAGGAACAGGAUGAGCUGGAGCAGGAGCUGCUGGAACAUGGGCGAGAUGCAGCAUCUUCCCAGGCAUCACAGAGCAAGGUGCUGCUGACGAGUCAGGGAGCCCUGCAGAGACCCAGCCGCCUCGUGUUCACUGAUGUGGCCAAUGCCAUCAAUGCAUGACCAGGACCUGCCCUGCUCCGGGAUCCUGCUGAGAACAAGGAGGAUGAAGCCAACAAAGCAGUGACUUCCCUCAAGCAUGGCUGAUCCACUGAGCCCAGCUGGUCACCUGUUGGUUUGUGUUACAAAUGGGCACGGGAAGUGCCAUCACUCUGGGAAGCAAACCCUUUGUAAGGGCAGUGGUGAUUUUCUGGUGUGUGUGUGUUGCCACUGAAAGGUCCUGAGCUCCAGUCUGUGGGCUGGCACUGCCUGACACCACCUACCAAGCUUUGUGCUUAGUAACAGUGCCUGCUCUGUGUAGAUUAACCUGCUGGAGCACAAGGCUGUGCUCUCUGGGUCAGGGAAGGGGAGAGGUGCACGUUUCAGAGACCUUCUCCACUGGCUUUGUGUGCCCAAGGCCCCUGGAAAGUGAUGGAUGAGCCUCUCUGUGCAGUGACCAUAGCUCCGGCCAGUCCUGGGUGGGACUGGUGGCAAAUCCUCUGAGCCAGGAGAGCUGUCUGUCCCAGCUGAGGGGUGGCCUGGGGCACAGCAGGGAGGACACAGCCACAGGAUUAUCCCCUCCCAGGCCUGUGGCUGCUGAUAAACGUGCACCAGGGUGAUGGUGAAGCAUGGGGAAUUCACUGGCUUUAAAUGAACAUCUGGCUGAUAACAACUGAGGAAGUGGCUGAAUAUCCCAAAUUAGAGGUACUGUAUAGACAGAGGGGAUUUCACACAGCUAGAGGCAGGGACUGUCACUGCCUGGCUAUGUGAGCCCUGCUGCUGAGCUAGGAAUAACAGUGCUUGGGCCACGAAGAGGAGUUGAGCAGACCUAGGGUUCCAGUACCUUUAAUCCCCUCCUGCUUUGGCUCAGGGAAGUUUCUACAGCGCAGAGUGUUAUGCAGGAAAAAAGAUGAAGCUUUGAAGUACUUUAAAAAAAGGAGAAACAUAUAUUGGCUCAACAGCAGCCCAGUGUCUGCCCCCAGAGAUGACUAACAGCUGGUUUGUACUUCCUUACCUGCCAGGACCUGCAGUCAGAGCCUUCUCUUCCUCCUGCUGAAGGGAACACAGAGCUUUGCGUUAGCCUCUGCUCGAGUUACCUGCUAGGAACAGGUAGGUGGGACUAGACAGGUAAGCCAGGGGUUUCCCUGUAGCCCUGAAGCUUCUCUCUGCCUCUGCAUCCUUCAUGGCUGCAGGAGGAAGAGAGUGGGGGCCUGUUGGCUGCAAGCCUUUUGGUUGGCACUGGCCCCAAGUGCUGCAGACCAGCACAGCAGCCAGGGACCAGCAUCAGUGCCCAGCCACACCCUGAUCACCUCCUGAUCUUUGUGUGGUUACAGGCAUUUGUCAAUCAGAUUUUAUUCCAUCCACAGCACCAGUUAAAAGGGAAUCAGGGCAAGCCAAAAUCUGAAUGCAGACCUAAAGCUUUAUGCAAGGAGUUGUUUGAGAGUGGCAAUUCAGGUAUCAUGUGCUUUGUUGCAAGUUUGGUUUGUUUUUCUGCUCCCAAAUAUUUUGUUUUCUUCCCCUGUGUGAUCGUUUUUCUCAUAUUCAUUAAAUGCAGACUCUUUCCUGGGCCCGUGUCCCUGACCCCUGCAGGGCACAGCUCCUUACCAGCCUUCCCUCUUCCACUGACACAGCUUCCCUCAGGGCAGCUUUGCAGGGCUAAAUUGCUUUAGUUUUUCAGUAUCCAGCUGUCUUUUUGGAACUAGGGAUUUCUGGGAGUAUAUUAGGGGUUGGAGUGUGGAAAACAGCCCAGUCCUCACUGCCAGGAGAUCUGGCAGGAGGCACUCCCAGGCUGCUGCUGUUUGCCCCCAGGGAUGCUGCUGGAAGGAAGGUGCAUGGGUACAAAUACUCAGUGUAAUGCAGAUUAGGCCCUUAGAAUCUGGAGUCUGUGUUUGGGUAUUCCCAGCGAUCAGCUGAGAGACAAACACCUCCCAACACACACACACACUUCCCAGCUCCUGCAGGUGCUCACUGAGAGCAGCCACACAUCUGAUUUCUCCCUUCACUGCCUGUCCCCUCUCCAGGCUCUGCAGCAGCACAGGGAUGCACGUGGCAGAACGAGUGUCCAGCUGUCUUAAAUUGCAGAAUUUUCCCCAGAACUCUCAGCACUGGAAUUUUAAUGGUUGUUUUAAACUCAACAAAAGGCAAGUGUGAGCUGAGCUGUUUCCUCAAUGCCUCAGCCCAGUGUGUGCCCUUCUUCCAGUUCCCUGUGCUGCAGCACAACAAACCAACCUACAGAGGAAUUCUCUUGAACCAUUGUCCCUGUGAUGAUAGGCUUUGUCCUGUGGUGACUGCCCUUAAAGAAGUACAGAUAAUAAGACUAAAAGAAUAUUAUGGGUAAUUGCUGGGCUCAUACUGGAGUAUUCUUUUAGUUCCGCAGCACCUCCUCUCACAGUUCUUGGAUGUAUAAUUUAGCAGAAGCAUUAUGAUGUAAUUUAAUUCAAGUGUUUCUGUGUUUUAAAGCAUUGAAAUAUAAUUAAACUAUUUACAUGAAA